AUGAAGCUGCUGGGGGCCGUGCUGGUGGCGCUCACCCUGCUCCUGCCGGGCGCCUGGGGCAGCGAGGCCUCGCGGACCUGCAUCUUCCAGACCCUCAGCGACUCCGACCACGAGUUCUGCAGGGGGGAUUUGGAAGUCAUCUACCCCGAGGUGGGCGACGUGAGCUGCUCCUACAUCCCCAAGUGCCACGGCUACCGCCAGAAGCUGAGCGAGGAGUGGAGCAAGCCCCGCGUGCGCUACCCCUGGGCCAAGAAGAACAAGAAAUACGUCCUGGUGAUGGUGGACCCCGACUCUCCCAACAGAGCCAAGCCCCGGCACCGCUUCUGGAGGCACUGGCUGGUCACUGACAUCCUGGGUUCGGAUCUGAGGGUUGGGAAGAUCAAAGGGAAGGUCCUGACAGAUUACGGGCGGCCCAAGCCCUCGCGCUACAGCGGCUACCACCGCUACCAGUUCCGCCUGUACCGGCAGCCGCAGCACCAGACCAUCUCCCUGAGCUCCGAGGAGCAGCAGUCGCUGGGCACCUGGGACCUGAAGGACUUCGUGGAGGAUUUUCACCUGGGCCACCCUGUGGCCUCGACCCAGUUCCUCACCAAACACUACAAGGAUUAA